AUGGCCACAUCCAUACCUUCCGGCCCUGGGUCAGCAGACAAUCACCCCAAUGCAACCCUCUCCAAUGUCCAACAAGUGCCUAGAACUCCAAAUACCAGCCAAAUGGCAGGUGCCUAUAUGGCUGAACAAGGUCAGUUUGGAGCCCCACCUUGGGCAAGCGCGCACUUCAAUGGAUACUGGGCUGGAGGUACAUAUGUCUCAACUUUCUGCGAGCUUGAAGCAAGGACACCAACCCCAGUAUACAUACCUCCAAUGAGUGAGGCCAUGCACCCAAAUAGCCACCACCAUGCGUUCCCAGAUACAAGUAUUCCUCCAUCCAUUUCAAGCCACAGUUUCAGCCAAUCAUCUUUGAACUCCAGUCAGAGUAGUAGUCAGAGUACCAGUCAGAUGCCUUCAUUGUGUGAGGAAGACAUUGCAGCGAUAAGAAAGGCACUGCUGCCUGAGUUCCGAGCACUAGUAGAGACCACUAUUGAUGCUCGGCUGGAGGAGCUGAAGAACAGUACUAGUACUGAUCUCCAUACAGAGAGCCCUUCUGCCAUGAGAGGAAAGAAGAAAUGGCCAAAGGGCCUUCAACUAAGUAACCAUGCUCACAGAGACAUAAUUGGAUGCAACAUUCGACGACCAUCUGGCAAGGAACUGCGAGCCAUUUACCUCGAGCAAGAAAGGUCAACUCUGAGGGCAGAUGGCACAGAGAUUCUCCAGCCAGAUUUUGAUGCUGGUUUAACCAAUACAGCCAACAAAGCGGUGAUUAACAAGGUAGUUCGAGUCUGCUCUAACAAUGAAGAGUUCAAAAAGAAGCUCGACGAUGGCAGUUUGACCCAAGGGAUGCUUGACACCGGCAUCAAGGGUUACUUCAGUCACUUACGGGAGCAGUGGAGUUUGACCGGAUCAACAGAGGGAGAGACCAAGUUGAGCCGUGAUCGUGAAUGGAAUGCACAGCGCAACAGGGACACUGCGGUAUGA